AUUGACUUCGAGACCACCUAGGAAAAUAAAAUGAGUGAAUCCCAAAAGCCAGGAGUUCCACCACGCACUGUAGCCGAGGAUGACAGUCCCAAAACAUCAUUCGAACCUACCAAACAGAAUCCUCUUCCUCAUCCUCCUCCACCUACUCCCUCACUCCACACUCCCCUCCGCCGCGGAACACCCAAACCCACCACCACUCCCACUCCCGCCCCUCCCCACAGCACUGCAGCUCUCAUGGCAGCUUUCGGAGAUGGCCAUGUUCUUCCACUUCGGACCCAACACUUUCACCGGGUCGGAAUGGGGAACGGGUCACGCCGACCCGUCAUUGUUCAACCCGGCUAGUCUGAAUGCGACCCAUUGGGUUUCUGUGGCCAAGGAGAAUGGGUUUUCAAGGGUGGUCCUGACUGCUAAGCACCAUGAUGGGUUCUGCCUCUGGCCUUCAAAGUACACCAAUUACUCAGUCAAGUCUAGCCCUUGGAGAAAUGGGUCUGGAGAUGUGGUGGGUGAGUUGGCUCAGGCUGCGAAGGCUUUUGGUGUGGAAUUGGGUCUUUAUCUUUCUCCUUGGGACAGACAUGAGCCUACAUUUGGGAUGACUCUGGAGUAUAAUGAGUUCUACUUGGGGCAGAUGACUGAAUUGCUGACUAGAUAUGGGGAGAUCACACAAAUAUUCUUGGAUGGUGCUAAAGGAGAGGGAGAGAAGGAUAUGGAGUAUUACUUCGAUCAUUGGUUCAGCUUUAUUCAUCAGUACCAACCUGGGGCAGCAAUUUUCUCGGAGGCUGGCCCUGAUACCAGAUGGGUAGGAAAUGAAGCAGGCAUUGCCCCUACUACUUGUUGGUCCCUUUUCAAUUGUAGUGAUGCAGUCAUCGGUGGAACCGAUAUCCAAUAUCUAGGACAUGGUGACCCUGUAGGUCACGAUUGGGUGCCUGCUGAAUGUGAUGUUUCAAUACGAACUGGUUGGUUUUGGCAUGCAUCAGAAAUUCCGAAGACCGCAAUGGACCUUCUUGACAUUUACUACAAAUCAGUUGGCAGAAACUGCCUCCUAUUGUUAAAUGUACCACCAAACAAUUCAGGUCUUAUAUCCGACGAAGAUAUUCAAGUCCUCAGAGAGUUCACUGAGAUCAGGACGUCCAUUUUCUCCCAUAACCUGGCAAAACAUGCUUAUCCUUCUGCCAGCAGUACAAGAGGCGCAACCGAUUCCCAUUUUGCUCCCGAAAACGUUCUCAAAGAAGGGAUCUAUACAUAUUGGGCCCCAGGACGGGAUCAAUCUGAACAUGUAUUGUAUCUGGAUUUCCAAGAACAAUAUACAUUCAAUGUGUUUGAAAUUAAAGAACCAAUUCAUAUGGGGCAGCGGGUCAUUGCAUUCCAUAUUGACAUAUUGAAUGAAAGAAUGGAAUGGGAGGAAACGGCAAGUGGAAGUACGAUUGGGUAUCGGAGGUUUUUGUUGUUUCCUACGGUGAAAACGAAUAGCAUAAGACUUGUCAUUGACAAGUGCAGAGAAGAACCUCUGAUUUCUUAUGUGGGAUUGUAUUUGGACCAGUUUUCUUUUGUGGAACAGCAGUAUAUUAAUACAUCGAAUAUGGUCUGGUUUGCUACAUUCUAAUAGCAACCGUGACUUUAGGAAGUCACUUAUUGCUUCUGUUUAGGCCUUUCUGGAUACAUUUCAACCCAAUGUGUGUAAUCUUCCUCCUGUUUUAGUCGCUUUGGUAUGCAGAAUUGCAGAAAGCCCGAAAUGUAUUGUAACUUAUUAAUAAUAUAACUUGUAUUUUCAUGGCACCUCUUUUCUUAUGGUGUGUUAGAAAGAAUGUUAAUGAUUUUCUUUGUAUGUUUGGCUUGAAAAUGCCAAGGUUAGUAAAAUACGAAUAGUUUCUCAA